AUGGCUUCAAGCUUCCCCAAGUCGCUGGCAGGAAGUCCCUUCGUGUUCCCCUUAGUACUCUCCCCGCUCGGAGCUCCCCCGCCCCCGCCGUUUCUGCGCGAAGAGGGGGAAGACGAGCUGUCGGACGACCAGGAGGCGCUGCUGCCGCGCACUUCGCAAGCAGCAGCGGCGACGCCGGCGGGGAUAACGGUGGAGGGAGGGAGUGGCGCGGUGGCGGCAGGGGCCGCCGCAGCGGCGGCGGGGGCAAAAGCGCUUCCGUUCUGCAUCGCGAUCGCCGUCGUUCUGUUUGUCGUUGUGAUUCUCGGGGUGAUUACAUUCGCGGCUCGGUACUACAUGCUGAUUCACCUGCGCCGCGCUCGCCGCGCGACGAACGACGCGGAUUCAGCGGCGACCGCCGGCGCGGGUGGUUCGCAAGCGUCUCGCGGCAGCGGGCUGGACGCGGAGCGAAUCGCGGCGUUCCCCACAUGGCGUUACUGCGUUUGCCCCGCCGUUGCGGAGGAUGUUCCCGCCAACAAGGGGGAUGUGUGCCUGAGUGACUUUAACGAGGGCGAGCUGGUUCGGUCCGUGCUGCCGUGCGAGCAUCGAUUCCACGUGGCGUGCAUUGAUCAUUGGCUCGCCUCCAAGACCACGUGCCCCGUGUGCCGAACGGACCUCAAAUCGCCGUCGCCACCACAUGCGGGUGAAUUCGACUCGGAUGUCGCGGAGGAGGAGGGAGGGGACGACGCUGUCUGA